AUGACAGCCUGCCCUGCUCCACCGACAUGGGGUUACUGGCCGAUGUACCAGACGUCACACAUCCCUUACCCGGGCGAUGUGGUGCUGAUGCCGGUGGUAGCCUUGCGGUUUACUCAUGACAAGAUCCGUCCAGUCUUCCGGAAAGGCAAGCAUCGAGGCCAACCAAUCUACGAACUGGUCAACGACUUGUUCCGACGGCGGGUCGACCCCACGGCCAGCUUGCCUCCGCUGGAGAUUUACUUCCACAAUGGCUUUUGGCGAUCGCUGAACAACCGGCGCCUUUGGGCUUUAAAAGCCUACAUGGGCCUUUCCGGUGAUUUUCAGCUGAUGGUGAGAGCUUGCAUAUCAAGAUGUACCAAAGCCUCCUUUCUUGAAAAGAAUUCAACUCAUACGGAUGGCCUCUCGGUCGAGAUCACGGGGGACGAGGCAGCGCUGCAGGAGGUCUUCCACAAGUCGACUCCACAGCCUUGCCGAUACUUCCAAGCAGGCGAAGGGGAGUGCCUGCGUGGAGACAGCUGUCCUUUUGCACAUGAAGAUCCAGACGAGGAAUUACUUUUGGAGGACCAACACAACCGGACAGCAGCCAGACGACUGCUGACGCGAGUUUAUGCGAAAUGCCUUGGCCAAGCAUGGUCGGCUUCGUUCAGCCCGGAGCAGGAGAUGGAAAGUGAGACCGAGGGCCAAGAGCCAUCAGAGCCUCAGAGAAAGUCUUCACCGUCCAUCCCUAAAGAUCCGAUCCAAGCAUUGUUCGCCUAUGUGGACUCCGCAGAGAUGGAUGUGCCGAUGGAUGAUGGGAAGAGGCAGAAGGAUUGCUCUACAGGUGUGCCAGCCAGGCCUCCAGUUACGCAGCGGGAAGCGCCAGCGUUGACCAGAAGACCUGAGGCUUUUCAGGAGUCUGCAGAGUUGCGUUCGGUGCCGGAACCAUCUCGGGCGAACAACCUGGGUGGACUGGAUGAUGUUUCAUCACGGCCCAAUGCAGUGAAGCAGAGGAGCCGCUUGACAUCGGAGCAGCUCGAGCGAAAUGGCAUGGCAAAGGGCAUGGCCACACAAGCUUCCACACCGCUGAACUCGAGUUCUGCGCCCUUUCGCCCUUCCGAGCCACGCAUGCUCUUGAGACAUCGUGCAGCUCAGCAAGACCGGGUGAAGCCGACCGCCCUCGGUGAGCGAGCCGAGCGAGCCACGAACACCAAUCUCAACCAGGAUGGUGCGGAGCUGCCAAGGACAGCGGAGGGUGCGCCGGCGUGUACUUCGCGCUCGCGCGAGGAGGUCCACGUGCAGGCGCACGCGAAGGUCAACAGUGGUCCAGCUCAAAGCUCGGCCAUGAAGAAGGCCACGAUGGAGUCGACGAUGGAAGACAUUGCAGAAGCCGUCUCCUUGUCUGUUGCCACUUCACUGGACAUCGGAUUGUUUAGCGCAUCAUCUGCUGCCACUCCGUCUUUGACGAUACCACCUCCACCACCUUCGCCGCCUCCACCACCGCUUGCAGUCCACGAGCACUACACCAGCCAGCCACACACCAACCCAAUACCCCCUCCUCCUGUGGCCCCUCCACCGCAGCCCUCUAAUUCCGGCUUGGCCGAAGCUUUGUUGCCAGCUUACAUGCAGCCGGAUUUUCGGCCGCAGCCGAGCCAGCCGGUCCUCGGUCCCACACUUGGGCCACUUGGCCCAGACUUCUCCACCCGUCCUGUGGGGGUUUUGGGCGCCCCUGGGCCUGCACCCAGACAGCCGAGUACUCCACCAAGCCCAGUGCGACUUCCUAGCCAGUUGGGCCCGUUGGGGCCUCAGCCUAUGGGUCCACUUGGCCCGCUGGGCGCUGGGCUUAUUGGCCCGCCAAGCCAAGAACCUCAAAGUGCCGCAGCACAGCUCUUCGCACUUCCUGCUCUUUUUGCCGACCACGCUCAACUGUUGGGUGCGCCGGCUCUGGGACCAGAUGACAGGAUGCCGCAGGAGGAAGCUGUCUCUGGCGAGGCUUCCGAGGUAUCUUACUCAGCGCCCUCUGCGUCUCUACAGCGGCAAAGGUCGCCCGUUGAAGUGGACGACAUCGUGUUGGAAAGGGCAAGUUCCUACCAAGAGAUGUCUGCGCACAGCCAGACGGUCGUGGAUGGACAAAGCAUACCUUCAACAGGCGAUUGGCCGGCGCUUCCGUCGAACAGUGUCGCCCGGAAGGCCCCGAGGAAGCCAGCUGAUGCGGAGCCUGUUUCUGUGCCGUCCAAGCCAAUUGUACAAGCCCCGGAGACGGUUGAGACUUCCCGCUCAGUUGCGGCAGAAACUAGCCAGAAGGACAUCACCAGCCUCUUGGUCAAGAAUCUGCCAAGCACGGUACUGCAGCGAGAUGUCCUCCAAGCAUUACGUGAAGAUGGCUUCGAUGGGAAGUUUGACUAUUGCAGUUUGCCGGCUGACUGGAAGACUGGCGUUGGUCGUGGUCAGGCCUGGCUGAAUUUUCGCUCAGCUGCAGCAGCAGCAGAGCUGAAACAGGCAUGGCACGGCAGUCGGCGCUUCGCCUUCAAAGGCCAAGACCAGAGUCUACAGGUCGUUCCUUCUCAUCAACAGGGCUUGCAAGCCAAUCUCCGCCGCUGCACUCAGCCGAGCCACCCACAGGCAAAAGUGCUGGCCGAGCCACCGUUUGUGGCCUCGUCAUCCAAAGCCCGGGGAGGCAGCGCUGCUGCGUGCCCAGCGCCCCCGGCGCCGGUGCCUGCACCGGCUCCGUCUGCACUGAUGACGGUGCGGCCGCGGCCCACAGGGCUCACAGCGCCACCGGCAUCCCCACAAGGCCCGUGCCCGUCCACUUCGGGCGAGCGCUCCAAGGCACCAAGGGAGAAGCAAGAAAGAGGGCCAAGUGACGAAGGCCGCAGCGAAAGUCUGAGAAAAAACAAGGCUUGUCCAAAGGGGGCGGAUCCGCAGGCCAAAGCAGAGCCCGAUGCAGAGGCCGAAAGACAAGAGACAACAUGGCAAGGAGAUCAGGAGGGUGAAGAGGCGUGGAGGGAAGAGGAGGCUCAAGCUGACGCUUCAAACAAUGAAGAGGACGAAGGUCAGGAGGAGGAAGCGGAUGAGGACGACAUGCAGGAGGAUGACGGGGAAGAGGGUGGUCAGGAUGAAGCUGAGGAAAUUGAAGAACAGGAUGAACCAGAUAGUGAAGAGCGAAGCAGGUCACUUUCAGACACGAAGAGCUUGACGAAGGCACCGGCAACGAAGCCUUGUCGCUCGCAGAGACGGUCUCCAAAGCGACGGAAAGACAGAGCCGCCAAGGGAGGCGCCGAGGACUUUGACCAAGUCUUGGCGGAGGAGCGAUCUCGCUGGGCAUGGGAGACUUCCAAUGCCAAGGGCUCUCCCGAGCACUGCUGCCUUUGCAACAAGCCCGUGCCGAACUUGAAGUACGCCACAGAGCUGGGUGUGUGCAAGGGGCACUACCGCAUGCUGCAGGCUGAGGAGCGGGCAUUGGCAAGCUUCAGCACGAGCAGGCAGCAGAGUGAUCCGAGGGCACCUACCAACAACUUGUUCCACUUGAGCGCAUACCUGGACGUAGCGGAGGAGUCGGCUUUGAUCACCGAUCUCUACUUGGGUGGCGGGAUCAAUCAACUCACAGCUCUGAUCCGCUUGUUGGUGCUGAAAGGGCACUCUCUCCAAGAUCGCUGGCAUGGCCUGACCGCUCCGUUUAUGUCCUUCGUGCUGAUGGAGUACGCUCCCUUCUUGGCCCUGGCUUUUGCAGACGUCCUGGAUGCCGAGAACCAAAGGCCGGACAUCGCAGCUCUGCGCGUCAGGGCGAGGGCUGCCAUGGUCAACUGGUCCCCUUCGCGUCGGCUCACGAGCCUCACUGGGGAGACCUUGGAGCAGACGCUGGCUGAUGCGGUGAGCGCCAGCCAAGACAUUUCCCUGCCACCUGAGCACAUGCCGGUUGAUUCUACGCUUCCUCCCAAGCGCAAGAAGAAGAAAAAGACCGCCACAGCCAAAGAGACGGCUGCAGGUGUGGGGCGCCUGGCUGCGAAGGGCGAGAUGACCUACCCGCAGCCCGACAUAGUCUCAUCGGAGACCCAGGAGAGAGCUGCAGAGGAGCUGGAAGCGAUGGAUGACAGGCUGGACUUGACUGACGACCUUGAUGCUGAUGACAUCAUCGAGGAUCCGGUCCCACUUGGUCCCCAUCGGGUUUGGACCUUCCUGACGUGCGAAGAGGUGCAGACCUGGGCCAUGGCAAGCCGAACGCAGGCCCGGAUCUACUCGAAAGCAACACUGUUGGGGGGACAGAGCGUUCCGCCCUCCUGGAGUUUCUUGCAGGAUCCUGCCGACCUUGAGCACCUCGACUUUCUUACCAAAGCUGAUCUUGCCUCGCUUUGGGACCAUGGCAGAGAUGCAAGCAAUGCUCUCGGCCAGAAGAGGAGUGCCGAGCCUCGUGAAUUGGAGGUUCCAGAUCCUGGUACCUGCAGCGCGGAGGAAGAGGAGGAAAGGGACGACUACGACGACAUUGAUAUAGCCAGCGAGAUCGGCGUGGAGGAGGAUGCUCCGGUGCCCUCGACGUGGGGUGCUGCACCUGUACCAUCUGGCAGGUCGACUCUGUUUGGUGGACUCCCACCGAACCAUCCAGGCCUCCAAGGGGUGUUAGCGCUGCAAUCGUCGAUCCAGGCGACCGGCUGGCCGCUCACUCUGAAGACAACUUUGCGAAAGCUGGCUGAGCAAGUUCCUGGACUGCCAGCCAUGCAUCAUCCGCAUCCUCGCUGGCCACAUGCUUCACUUGUGGACUCGUUUAGCUUGUCUGCUUGCAGCAAAUUUCACUCUGCACUCUUCGAGGAGGCCGCCGCUGCUGCACUGCUGCAGCUGCACAAGGAGAUGACCGAGGGCACGGUGCUAGCAAAUGUAGAGUACGCAGCAGCGCUGACGGAGCCUGCUGGCGCCAUCCGGAGCCUGAAGCAUCUUGCAACGCGCCUCACGAAUCUUGUAGAGUGA